AUGAAAGUAACACAAAACUUUAAACAUAUAAUUCAGUCAAUAGGUCAAACAUCGAAUAAUACUAAGAUUAACUAUAAGACUGAGAAGGAUGAAAUUAGUAAAGAAAUAGAUAGUUUUAAUUUGCUAGUUACACCUACGUCUACACAUAAUCAAAAUAAUUCAGUUUUUAAUAACAAUGUCUGUAGUCUACCUUCUGUUUGGUCUGAUUGGUCAUAUAAGCCAAAAUUAGUUGCUAAUGUUGAUAGUGAUAUUUUUUUCAGUUCAAAUGAGCAAAUUGAUGUAUCAAAUGAUGCUUUCGUCAAUUUAAGUCAAUUGUCAGUUUGGUCUGAUUGGUCUUAUCACCCAGACAAGUUUAAUUUCAAUAAUAACUCGAGAAAUUUACAUUGUAAAUGGCUUUCAAUUUCUGAAAAUGUUAAUAAAUGCAAUUUUGAAAGAGAUGCAUUAAUAAAGCCUAAAUUGGCUGAAUGUAGAAUAUCUAGUAAUACAAUCAAUUCAUUGCAAAUAAUCAAGCAAAUAAAUAAAGAAUUUAUCGUUGCUGUGGCAAAUGAUAAUGGAAAGAAAUUAAUUAUUUUGAUAGAUCAACAUGCUAUUCAUGAAAGAAUACGUUAUGAAUGGCUUAUAGAAGCUUACAGAGAAAAAGGAAGACAUAGUUAUGUAUCAGAAAAACUACAUAAGGACUUAUUGAUAACAGAUAUUGAUAAAAAUUUACUCAAGCUCAUUUGUAUACACAAGGAAAUUCCAAUGAGAGUUGGUAUUCAUGUUAAAGGAUUUGUUAAUUCUAGUACUUGUAUAGUUGAUGCAGUACCAAGAUGCUUUUUAAAAAGAAAAAGAUAUUGCAAUGAUGAUCAGCAUAUAUACAGGCUGAAGAAAAAUGUAAAACAGUUGCUCUUAGAAGUAGCCAAAGGAUUGUCACAUAAUGUUUUACCUCCUAUUUUACCAAUUACCAUUAACAAUGUCAUAGCCAGCGAAGCUUGUCAUGGUAAGAAUACAAAGUGUAUACGCAGUUGA